UGUAUUCCUUAUGAAAUGGGAAUUCGUGUGAAUUGUUCAAAACGGAAUCUUAGUGUUAUACCAAAUAUGAACGACAGCAUCACGUGGAUAGACCUAAGUAAAAAUAAGAUCGAGACGAUUCAGUCAAAAAGUAUUAAACUGCCAGAAAAGGUGAUUUAUCUCGAUUUAUCUGAAAAUAACUUAACAACUGUAAAAGGUAAUCCUUUCAAACGUUUAACAAAACUUCGGUUUUUGAACCUAGAGGGAAAUCAACUGGAAAAUUUAAUUUAUGAGAAACUAUUUCAAUCACUCUCUCCCUUAGAAGUGCAUAACAUAAAGAGAAACAGCGACAAGAAAAAUACUAUAGUUUUUCCAGGAGACGCUUUUGCAAAUCUUUCUUCUAUUUCAACCAUAAAAAUGAAUGGAAUACCAAACACAAGGUUUGGGAAAAGUUUCUUGCGUUUAAGGAAUCUUAAAGUUUUAGAUAUGUCUGGGAUUGCAGGCAAUUGUAUUGUUGAAUAUAUUGAUUCGAAAAUGUUCUCAAAUUUGCGGUUCCUUGGGGUUUUGGAUCUUUCCUACUGCAAUGUAAAUGAUAUUGAUAAGGGAUCGUUUAGUAACAUGCCAAAAUUAAAGCAUCUUAAUAUUUCCUACAAUCGUCAGUUAGGCUUUGCAUCUAUGCCUAAUGUAACUUAUCAUUUGAACAAAACCAAAAUUAAAUCUCUGAAUAUUAAUGGAGUUAAUUGUAUAGCGGGAGUUGGAACAGAAAUAAAAUGUCAUCAUCUUCUUUCUCUCAAAUAUACUAACCUUACAGAAUUAUAUGUAGCCAGUAACCGAUUGGAAAUUUUAGAACCAGGAGUCGCACGCAAUCUACCGAAAACAUUAGAGAUAUUAUGGUUUGCCGAAAACAAACUAACAACUGCGCUUUACGUACUAGAAUUUAGUACUCUAGAAAACUUGCGAGUGUUCAACAUGAGCGUCCAGAAGCAUCCACCAAAGUUUCCUUAUUCCAUUAUAGAUAAAUGUAAGGUGAAGAAAGAAUCGUAUAAUGAUGAUUUCCACUGCCAUGAAGUUGCAAAUAGCCACACUUCUAAAAUAAUCGGCAGUGAUCAGAUUGUGACCUGGGAUUUCCCACCAAAUCUUGAAGAAAUAUACGCUUACUCCAGUCAAAUUCAUCUCAAGGUUCCAAACUUUUCAGUCUCUGCACCGAGUCUUCGGAUUGUAAACAUACAUAAUAACUUUCUGUACUCUUUCGAAGGUCCUGUUUACAUUAAAUCAUCAAAUAACCUAAUAACAUUGGACAUUUCAAAUAAUUUUUGCUCCCACUUAUCCCCAUUAUUAUUCAAAGAUGGUGGACAAAUAAAAAAAAUAAAUAUAUCCCACAAUGACAUCGGCCUAGACCUGGAGAAGGAUGUAAUGGGGAAAACGUUUGAGCCUCUUCUUUCCCUUGAGAACUUUGACAUUUCUUUCUGUAGAAUUUCCAAACUUUCAAAUUUAGUACUGACGAAUUCUUCCAAGCUUAAGUAUCUUAAUGUUAGUAACAACCAAAUAUCAAGAUGGAAUGUAAAAAUUGACCAUAUGACAAACUUAUCAUUAAUAGACAUUUCACAAAAUCGGAUUAGGUCAAUUGACGAAAAAUACCUUGUGCAUUUGGAGAAUGCCUUUCAGAAAUCCAAGUUAAUGGUAGAUCUUUCUGGCAACCUUUUAGGUUGUUCCUGCGAUAAUCAAAUAUUUCUUAAAUGGUUAGUGAUAAACAAAGCUUAUUUCCUAGAUAUUCAGCAAUACCAGUGCUCCUUUGAUAAAAUAUCAUUUUCAUUUCAAGAUUUGGAUAGUUCUUUUCUCUUAUUAGAGAACAGCUGUAGGUCAUUUCUGACUUGGUAUUUAACAGGAUCUGUUUCACUUGCCGUAUGCAUUAGCUUUUUGACAGGAAUAUUUCUUGUAAGAAACAGAUGGAAGAUUCGCUAUAUUGUGUACAAAACUAAACUUAAAUUCCGAGCUAGGGACAGACUGAAUGUACAUAAUUCCACAAAUCUAAACUAUGAAUACGAUGUCUUUCUAUCUUACACUGGAAUGGAAAGAACCUUUGUAGUAAAAGAGGCGAUACCUCGACUUGAAAUCAAUGCUGGAUUACGUCUUCUUGUUAGAGACAGGGAUUAUCUCCCAGGAUUAUCAAAGGUAAAUUGUACAAUGACCGGAAUUCAUGAAAGUAGAAAAGUCCUCUGUGUUGUUUCAAAAAGGUUUUCGAAGUCAAAGUGGCGUGACUUUGAACUGAACAUGGCUAAAGUGGAGGAAAUAAAGGAUCGUGAAAGCACAGAUUUUGUCCUUCUUAUUUUGUUACCGGAAGUUUACAACAACGGCUAUCCCAGUAAAGUUAUGGACCUUGUAAAGAGAGACUCUUUCAUUGAAUAUCCUGAAGAAUCGUGUGCUCAUGGCGACUUUUGGGAGAAACUGAUUAAAAUGUUAAUGAACGAUUAA